GUUUACAUUGACCACUCGGUGGUUUUCGUCUCCGCAAGCUACGAACCCGAUGGGCUUCUCCGCCGCCGUCAGAGCCAUCAGCCGGCCGGGAAUCGUCUCCGGCAAGAGAUUUCUCUCUGUCUCUGCCGCUGUUUUCUCUGUCGAAUCAUCGUCGCCGACCACCUUGAGUCCUAGUGGAAGAUUGCAGCAGACUCUUGCAGGAUCUGUGGAGAGGAGAGGGAAGGCUUUGCACUCCGGGAAGGUUUCAACGGUGAAGCUUCUUCCGGAGAUCGCCGGAGCUGGAAGAUUAUUCGAGUUUCGUUCCAGAUUCCUCCCUGCAUCGAUCGAUUUCGCGCAGGAAUCUCCUCUUUGUACGACGCUUUUCAAAGACGGGUUCAGAAUCCGAACUGUCGAACACUUGCUGUCGGCUUUGGAGGCCAUGGGCGUGGAUAAUUGCAGGAUUCAGAUCGAGAGCGAAGAUCCCGUGGAUUCGGAAGUCGAGGUCCCUGUUUUCGAUGGAUCAGCAACAGAAUGGGUGAAUGCAAUACAAGCAGCCGGCAUAAACCUGGCUCUUAACCAUGUCGGCGAAAGUGUUGAGAAGAUGGCAAUUCACGUUAACGAACCCGUACAUGUGAGCAGGAAGGAUUCCUUCCUCGCUGCAUUUCCCUCUCCCGAAACUCGCAUCACUUACGGUAUCGAUUUCCCGCAGGUUCCUUCUAUAGGGUGCCAGUGGUUUUCUUGGAAAUUUCUCGAUGAUUCUUCGUACACGAAGCAUAUCGCACCGUCGAGAACCUUUUGCUUAUACGAAGAGGUAGAGAGAAUGCGAGAUGCAGGUCUAAUAAAAGGUGGAUCGAUGGAAAACGCCAUUGUUUGCAGUGCCGAGCUUGGAUGGAUGAACCCGCCUUUGCGAUUUGUCGACGAGCCAUGCCGGCACAAGAUCUUGGACCUUAUUGGCGAUCUCGCCCUUCUAGCCGAGGGCGGUAACUGUGGCCUUCCGGUCGCUCAUAUCGUGGCGUUUAAGGGUGGUCAUGCUCUUCACGCUGAUUUGGCUCGGCGUCUAACCAGUGGGAUUUUGCAGAAUCCAUAAAGAUUCAAAGCCCGGUUGCGGGUAAUUGGAAAAUUGGUUGGUUUAAUCACAAUAUUAAAUUCGAUAACUCUAUUUGUUGUGUUUUGUUAAAAAAAAAAUCAAAAUAUCUUAUAUCCUCACUUUUGAAACGAUUAUUAUUAUUAUUAUUAUCAAUAAUAAC